AUGAAGGAGGGACUGGUAACUAUUAUGGCCGCGAUGGGUCACUCCAACAUCAGCCUGAACAACAAAGUCGAGCUGAUUACCAACUGUGGGGACGUGAAGUACCUGACUGGCAUGCACAACGUGACGAUUCUCGCCCACCUGUACGACUUCGACCUGCUCAACCUCAUCGUGCGCGGGGAGAUCAACAAUGGGAUGACCAGCAUGUACAACCUCGUCGAGAACAGUGGUGGGAUGAACAACAAGCACGUCGUGAACAAGACCGUCCUUCUGCUGGUGGUGAUGGGCAUACUGGCGAAGAUCGUGGUCCAUACCUUUGGGUGCCUGGAUGGGGUCGGGGUGCUCCUCUUCUUCCUCCAGACCGUCGAGCCCCGGGGUUUUACCGUGGUGGCUAUUGGUUCGACCGUCCUCGCAACGAUUGGGAGGAGAGAUGGCAACGUGGUGGAGGAGGGGAGACUCGUACACAACGAAGAGAGGGACGACAAGCACAGUGGUUUGACGGAUCCUUUCGCCCAGCCGCCUUCCGUCGAGCACAAGAGCAACACGGUAGUGGGGUGA